AUGAGCUGCCCGGUCAACCUCCAGACUCUUCCGUCCGGAGUGUUUGAAUCCGUUUUUACCCCGGAAAACAUCAGAGGGAGGUGAGUGAACACCAUCAUCACAGCGGGGUCAGGUUAUUACCGCCUCUGUGGGCGUCUCACCUGUCCGCAGGUGAGAGUGAAGCACGUGCGAGGACUGUUCAGGUGUUAAUGGGACAACUUAAAGACUCCAGAACCUGGUCUGCUGGGUCUACUGAGGUUUCAGAGGGGUGGGAUAUGAAGAAAAGCACAAAUUUAUGAAAUAAAACAGGAGUAUUUAUCAGCUUUAUAUUUUGAUAUGUUGUUCAAACUUCUGUCAGGAUGGUUGUUCAACGGUUUGAGUUGAUCAAUAUAAUGAUCAAUCACAGUUAGAUAUUUGGUUUCAUGUCAUUUUAACGUCAUGUAGACUAUUAGAGGUCCCUUUUACACCACAUCUUCUCUUCUGUUCCAAUCCACUUUAUUUCUACAUCACAGUUUGAAAAAACAUUCAAGUUUAUUAAAGUGCUGCACAAUAAAAUUAAAAGAACAGACACUGCAGAAAGCAUCAAAAGGAAAUAAAUAAAAGCAGGUAAAAAACAUUUAAAAUGAAAUAAAAACACAAAAGAAAUAAAAGUACAGAGAUCACACAACUCUCAUUCUGAGCUAAAAGCCGAGGAAAAAAAAUGAGUUUAAGACAUAAUUUAACAGCAGAAAGAGUGGAGGAUGUUUUAAUCUCUAAUGGCAGAGAAAAUUCGGUCACCACGGGUUUUUAAACGAGUUUUAGGGACGAGGAGUUGGAGCUGACUCCAGGGAGCAUUGAAGAGGUCAGAGAUGUACUGGGGUUCUGAUCUGUUUAAAGAUUUAAAAACAAACAAGAUCAUAUUAAAAUGAAUUCAAAAAUGGACGGGAAGUCAAUGGAGGGACGCCAGAAUUGUAGUGAUGUGGUCAUGUUUUGGUUUACCUGUUAGAAGACGAGCAGCAGCAUUUUGGAUGAACUGUAAGUGUGUGAGAGAAACCUGAUUAACACCGACGUAAAGAGCGUUACAGUCGACCAACCAAAGAGUGGAAAUAAAAACAGGAAUGAGUCACUCGAAAGAUCAGAUCAAACCGAUUUAAUCUGGGAUAAAAACCUCAGAUGAUAAAAACUGGAUUUAACAACAAAGUUGAUUUGUUGGGUUUAAUAUAAGGUCCAAGAGGGUCCAGCUCCCUGAGAGGGGUCUCCUGGGCCCCACUGGAGCCAGAGAUGAUUAGGGCCCGAGCGUAGCUGCUAAGCAGCUGCGAGAGCCCUCUUGUUCCUGCAUGUUUCCUUCUUUAGGGCCCGAGCGUAGCUGCUAAGCAGCUGCGAGAGCCCUCUUGUUCCUGAUGGAUUCUUUAGGGCCCGAGCGUAGCUGCUAAGCAGCUGCGAGAGCCCUAUUAUUCCUGAUGGAUUCUUCUUUCUUCUUCUUCUUCUUAUUAUUUUUCUGCCCCUUUGAACUGGAAAAUGGCCCACUUCCCACUGGUGAAAACUCAUGAAAUUUGGCAGGACGACCGGGCCUGGUGAAAAAUUCGAUAUUCUGAAGUCACCCAAACAAUCAAAUGCAAAAUGGCUCCAUAGCGCCCCCUAAGGUGAAAAAUUCACAUGAUUGAGUGUCACGCCUGUACGCUUUGUCAAAAUGACACAAAAUUUGACACACACGUGUAUCUCAAUAAGAUCUACAAAAAAGUCAGUGCGGGCGUAUCUGUCAAAUGUACGUUUAAAGGGCUAUUUCGCAUUUUUUGCCGAUCCGCACACAUUGGAAUUUCGCUAACUCCUCCGAAGGCUUUCGUUCCACCGGCACCAAAUUUGCUCAGGCCAAUCUACACCCCAUGGCCAUUCAAAGUUGUACAAAUCAUGACGCUGCACCCCACGGUUUACGUUGUAGGGGGCGCCAAAGAUAACCCAAAAAUCCACAUUCUUACAAGUCUUAUAACUUUUUAUUUUUGUCCUCACUGGCCUCCAAGUUUUCUAGGAUGAUGCAAUGUCCAGCCAUCAACACAUUUGUGAAGGAAUUUUUACUCCCCAAAAGAGCGCCCCCCAUGGCAGGAGAAAAAAGGCCAUUUUUUCUUGUCCUAUAAGGUGAAAAUACACAUUGUUGAGUGUCACGCCUGUACGCUUUGUCAUAUUGAAACAAAAUUUGAUAAUCACGUGUAUCUCAAUAAGAUCUACGAAAAAGUCAAUGCGCACGUGUCUGCAAAAUGUACGGUUAAAGGGCUAUUUCGCAUUUUUGGUUGAUUCGCACACAUUGGAAUGUGGCUAUCUCCUCCUAAGGCUUUCGUCCCACCGAUACCAAAUUUGCUCAGGCCAAUCUACACCCCAUGCCCAUUCAAAGUUGUAAAAAUCAUGACGCUGCACCCCACGGUUUACGUUCUAGGGGGCGCCAAAGAUGACCCAAAAAUCCACAUUCUUAAAAGUCAUUUUGGCCACUGCAGGAGUACAGAGUACUGCAGUUCUAGGGGGCGCCAAAGAUGACCCAAAAAUCCACAUUCUUAAAAGUCUUUUUGGCCACUGCAGGAGUACAGAGUACUGCAGGAUACACACACAUACACACACACACACACACACACACACACACACACACACACACACACACACACACACACACACACACACACUCAGAGUCUGUUUUUUAGCACCUGCAAAAACAUGCUGUUUACAUAUUUGACAAGAAUGCAGAGGCUUCCUUUUGCCCCUGAAAAAAAUCAGAUUUCAAACACAACUUGACUGUUCAUUUCUCCAAAAGACAACCAUGAAGCUCCAUCCAAACCUGAAGCAGAUAGUUGGUGCAUGUGUACAGUAACCUGAGGAGAGUGAGGUGACUAUUUCUGAGGAGAACAUGAGCAGUGAAGAUUCACCUUGGAGCUAGAACAGGGACGUGCACAUGAUUAUACAGGGGCAGGGGCUCAAGUUUUUUCCAGUCAUUUAUACAAUAUGGAAAUUAAUGUGAAAUUAAACCACAAAUAUGUGUGAUGAACUGUUUUUAAAACUUAAACUUCAAAUAAAAAUUGUAAACUUCAAAAUAUAUACAAAUUUUUAACAAAGAACAUAGUAAUUUACCUCUAUUUACAUCAAAAUGCAGGCAAUGGCCCAGGCGUUCUUUGUAAAAUUAUUUACAAAACACUGUAUAGUCUCACAAAUGUCACUUUUUAUUUAUGCCACUACAAAAAAACAUGAUGUAAAUGAUGCAUGAUGUAAAACAUGAUGUAAAAAACUUGUGUAGAUCCUCCUCUAUGUCAGUCCAUGUGUAAUUUUUCCAUAAUUCUUUGUUUUUUGCAGCAUUUUUGUUAGUGUAACUGCAGAUUGUGCUGACUGUCUAUGGCAAAAAAAAAAAACUGAAAAUGCCUCAACAUGAACCCCUGGUGGUCUCUGAGGGUGAAACCUGCUAACUGCUGCAGCUCUGUCAGCUUCUGUCUCCCAUGCAGAGCUCUGAGCGCAUGUGUGGCUCUGCACCCUUAGCAGCGUUGCUAACUCCUCAGUAAGGAAAGCCUGCUUCAUGUCAGAGUCUCUAAACUCCAGAAGAAGUCGAUAAAAGUCCCUUUCUUUCUAAAAAAAGUCGUUAGGGGGUCUGAAAAGUAAUUGAAUCUAACAACAAAGUCGCUAGGUUUGCAACUACGUGUCCCAGACUGCAUCCCUGCUGAGAGUCCCUCCCUCCCUUCUCAUGUUGCAGGAAGAACGUAAGCGCCCGCCCCUUGUCAAUCAGUCACCAUAUAAUUUUGGAUUGGUUGUUGUGGUGAAGUUUUCCACCAAUAGGAGAGAUGUUGUGGUGUGUUUUUUUUUUCUUUUGGCAAGCCUUUUCCGCCUGUAUGACCUGUCACUAAUGUGUGCAUGCAAUGUUUUCCUGUCUCAUACAGCACGAUCGAGCGCCGAACGUGAUCAAAAUAAGCAGAAAAAAAGUAUCGCGGACAUAAUUUAUCAUAACUCUGGUUUUAUUUGGCCUAUCAACACAAUUUAAAAACUGGUAUAUAGGUUGAGGUCCUCACUUUUGAGAUAAGUUGAAACGGAGAGUUAACGAGGCUCCUUCUUGCAGCUACAUCCGGUUAAAUAUGUCAUGUGACUUGAACGCUGGGGAGCGUCAAUCGAAUCGAAUCAAACCUAACUCUCAGAUGAAUCUUCAAAAUUCACCUCAGAAAUAUGCUUAUUAUUCUUCUCAGAGUACUGCAGGAUACACACACACACACACACACAGACACACACACACACACACUCACACACACACACACACACACACACACACACACACACACACACACACACACACUCAGAGUCUGUUUUUUAGCACCUGCAAAAACAUGCUAUUUACAUAUUUGACAAGAAUGCAGAGGCUUCCUUUUGCCCCUGAAAAAAAUCAGAUUUCAAACACAACUUGACUGGUCAUUUCUCCAAAAGACAACCAUGAAGCUCCAUCCAAACCUGAAGCAGGCAGUUGGUGCAUGUGUACAGUAACCUGAGGGGAGUGAGGUGACUGCUUCUGAGGAGAACAUGAGCACUGAAGAUUCACCUUGGAGCUAGAACAGGGACGUGCACAUGAUAAUACAGGGGCAGGGGCUCAAGUUUUUUCCAGUCGUUUAUACAAUAUGGAAAUUAAUGUGAAAUUAAAAAACAAAGUAUGACUGUCCUGUGUAGGUGACAGUGAUAUCCAAUAGGCUAGGCACUCACGAGGCUGGCUGUGGCAAGUGUAAGUGAAAGCAACACGCACUGGCAGGAAGAACAGCAAACGCCGAUGAAGGAAAAGGGUCUUUGCAGUGAUGGGCGUUACCAGAGAGGGUGAUGGCCAGAAGACACGAAUGGGACGGGGAGGCAGCGCGUUGGGGGGGGGGGGGUGCGACACGGCUCGGGCCCGCCAGUGCCCCAACGGGGCCCUAGUCUUUUGUUAUUAUUAUUAUUAUUUUUCCUCCGCUUUAAACUGGAAAAUGGCCCACUUCCCACUGGCGAAAACUCAUGAAAUUUGGCAGGACGACCGGGCCUGGUGAAAAAUUCGAUAUUCUGAAGUCACCCAAACAAUAAAAUGCAAAAUGGCUCCAUAGCGCCCCCUAAGGUGAAAAUUCACACUAUUGACUGUCACGCCUGUACGCUUUGUCAUAUUGACACAAAAAUUGACACACACAUGUAUCUCAAUAAGAUCUACAAAAAAGUCAGUGCGGGCGUAUCUGUCAAAUGUACGUUUAAAGGGUUAUUUCGCAUUUUUUGCCGAUCCGCACACAUUGGAAUUUCGCUAACUCCUCCGAAGGCUUUCGUUCCACCGGCACCACAUUUGCUCAGGCCAAUCUACACUCCAUGGCCAUUAAAAGUUGUACAAAUCAUGACGCUGCACCCCACGGUUUAGGUUCUAGGGGGCGCCAAAGAUAACCCAAAAAUCCACAUUCUUAAAAGUCUUAUAACUUUUUAUUUUUGUCCUCACUGGCCUCCAAGUUUUCUAGGAUGAUGCAAUGUCCAGCCAUCAACACAUUUGUGAAGGAAUUUUUACUCCCCAAAAGAGCGCCCCCCCAUGGCAGGAGAAAAAAGUCAUUUUUUUCUUGUCCCAUAAGGUGAAAAUACACAUUGUUGACUGUCACGCCUGUACGCUUUGUCAUAUUGACAAAAAAUUUGACACACACGUGUAUCUCAAUAAGAUCUACGAAAAAGUCAAUGCGCGCGUAUCUGUAAAAUGUACGGUUAAAAGGCUAUUUUGCAUUUUUUGCCGAUUCGCACACAUUGGAAUGUGGCUAACUCCUCCUAAGGCUUUUGUCCCACUGACACCAAAUUUGCUCAGGCCAAUCUACACCCCAUGGCCAUUCAAAGUUGUAAAAAUCAUGCCGCUGCACCCCAUGGUUUACGUUCUAGGGGGCGCCAAAGAUGACCCAAAUAUCCACAUUCUUAAAAGUCGUUUUGGCCACUGCAGGAGUACAGAGUACUGCAGGAUACACACACACAGACACACACACACACAGACACACACACACGCGCACGCACACACACACACACACACACACACACAUACACACUCAGAGUCUGUUUUUCAGCACCUGCAAAAACAUGCUAUUUACAUAUUUGACAACAAUGCAGAGACUUCCUUUUGCCCCUGAAAAAAAUCAAAUUUCAAACACAACUUGACUGGUCAUUUCUCCAAAAGACAACCAUGAAGCUCCAUCCAAACCUGAAGCAGGCAGUUGGUGCAUGUGUAUAGUAACCUGAGGGGAGUGAGGUGACUGCUUCUGAGGAGAACAUGAGCAGUGAAGAUUCACCUUGGAGCUAGAACAGAGACGUGCACAUGAUUAUACAGGGGCAGGGGCUCAAGUUUUUUCCAGUUGUUUAUACAAUAUGGAAAUUAAUGUGAAAUUAAAAAACAAAGUAUUAAUAGAAAGGUAAUGACUGUCCUGUGUAGGUGACAGUGAUAUCCAAUAGGCUAGGCACUCACGAGGCUGGCUGUGGCAAGUGUAAGUGAAAGCAACACGCACUGGCAGGAAGAACAGCAAACGCCGAUGAAGGAAAAGGGUCUUUGCAGUGAUGGGCGUUACCAGAGAGGGUGAUGGCCAGAGGACACAAAUGGGACGGGGAGGCGGUCGCGUUGGGGGGGGGGCGCGACACGGCUCGGGCCCGCCAGUGCCCCAACGGGGCCCUAGUUUGUUAUUAGGGCCCGAGCGUAGCUGCUAAGCAGCUGCGAGAGCCCUCUUGUUCCUGUAGUUUCCUUCUUUUGUUAUUAUUAUUAUUAUUAUUUUUCCUCCCCUUUGAACUGGAAAAUGGCCCACUUCCCACUGGCGAAAACUCAUGAAAUUUGGCAGGACGACCGGGCCUGGUGAAAAAUUUGAUAUUCCGAAGUCGCCCAAACAAGAAAAUGCAAAAUGGCUCCAUAGCGCCCCCUAAGGUGAAAAUUCACACUAUUCACUGUCACGCCGGUACGCUUUGUCAAAAUGACACAAAAAUUGACACACACAUGUAUCUCAAUAAGAUCUACAAAAAAGUCAGUGCGGGCGUAUCUGUCAAAUGUACGGUUAAAGGGUUAUUUCGCAUUUUUUGCCGAUCCGCACACAUUGGAAUUUCGCUAACUCCUCCGAAGGCUUUCGUUCCACCGGCACCACAUUUGCUCAGGCCAAUCUACACCCCAUGGCCAUUAAAAGUUAUUCAAAUCAUGACGCUGCACCCCACGGUUUAGGUUCUAGGGGGCGCCAAAGAUAACCCUAAGAUCCACAUAUUUAAAAGUCUUAUAACUUUUUAUUUUUGCCCUCACUGGCCUCCAAGUUUUCUAGGAUGAUGCAAUGUCCAGCCAUCAACACAUUUGUGAAGGAAUUUUUACUCCCCAAAAGAGCGCCCCCCCAUGGCAGGAGAAAAAAGUCCAUUUUUUCUUGUCCCCUAAGGUGAAAAUACACAUUGUUGAGUGUAACACCUGUACGCUUUGGCAAAAUGACACAAAAAUUGACACACACAUGUAUCUCAAUAAGAUCUACGAAAAAGUCAAUGCGCGCGUAUCUGUCAAAUGUACGGUUAAAGGGUUAUUCCGCAUUUUUUGCCGAUCCGCACACAUUGGAAUUUCGCUAACUCCUCCGAAGGCUUUCGUUCCACCGGCACCACAUUUGCUCAGGCCAAUCUACACCCCAUGGCCAUUAAAAGUUAUUCAAAUCAUGACGCUGCACCCCACGGUUUAGGUUCUAGGGGGCGCCAAAGAUAACACUAAAAUCCACAUAUUUAAAAGUCUUAUAACUUUUUAUUUUUGUCCUCACUGGCCUCCAAGUUUUCUAGGAUGAUGCAAUGUCCAGCCAUCAACACAUUUGUGAAGGAAUUUUUACUCGGCAAAAGAGCGCCCCCCCCAUGGCAGGAGAAAAAAGUCAAUUUUUUCUUGUCCACUAAGGUGAAAAUACACAUUGUUGAGUGCUACGCCUGUAUGUUUUGUCGUAUUGACACAAAAUUUUACAUACACGUGUAUUUACAUAAGAUCUUCGAAAAAGUCAAUGGCCACGUAUCUGUAAAAUGUACGGUUAAAGGGUUAUUUCGCAUUUUUUGCAGAUUCGCACACAUUGGAAUUUCGCUAAUUCCUCCGAAGGCUUUCGUUCCACCGGCACCACAUUUGCUCAGGCCAAUCUACACCCCAUGGCCAUUAAAAGUUAUUCAAAUCAUGACGCUGCACCCCACGGUUUAGGUUCUAGGGGGCGCCAAAUAUAACCCUAAAAUCCACAGUCUUAAAAGGCUUAUAACUUUUUAUUUUUGUCCUCACUGGCCUCCAUGUUUUCUAGGAUGAUGCAAUGUCCAGCCAUCAACACAUUUGUGAAGGAGUUUUUUCUCUUUAAAAGAGCGCCCCCCCAUGGCAGGAGAAUAAAGUCAAGUUUUUCCUGUUCAUCAUUCAAUGGCUCAAACGCACUGCUCUUUCGGCAAAAGCGAAAGGAGGAGCAACUUGCCAUUUGGAUAUAUCUUAGCUGUGUUUGUGCCCUCACUCAUGGUCCAGACUUUUUUCAAAUAGGACAUGGAGUUUUUCUGCAGCGAGCGUUUUGGUAGAAACUGCGCCUCCCGUUCAUUAUAAUGGUAAAUGACCACAAACAAGUGCGCACACCAUCUUUGGACCUUGAGUGUGACGCGAUCGGGUGGGGGAGGCGGUCGCGCUGGGGGCGGCGUGACACGGCUCGGGCCCGCCAGUGCCCCAACGGGGCCCUAGUUAUUAUUUUUCCUCCCCUUUGAACUGGAAAAUGGCCCACUUCCCACUGGCGAAAACUCAUGAAAUUUGGCAGGACGACCGGGCCUGGUGAAAAAUUUGAUAUUCCGAAGUCGCCCAAACAAGAAAAUGCAAAAUGGCUCCAUAGCGCCCCCUAAGGUGAAAAAUUCACCUGACGCCUGUACGCUUUGUCAAAAUGACACAAAAAUUGACACACACAUGUAUCUCAAUAAGAUCUACAAAAAAGUCAGUGCGGGCGUAUCUGUCAAAUGUACGGUUAAAGGGUUAUUGCGCAUUUUUUGCCGAUCCGCACACAUUGGAAUUUCGCUAACUCCUCCGAAGGCUUUCGUUCCACCGGCACCACAUUUGCUCAGGCCAAUCUACACCCCAUGGCCAUUAAAAGUUAUUCAAAUCAUGACGCUGCACCCCACGGUUUAGGUUCUAGGGGGCGCCAAAGAUAACACUAAAAUCCACAUAUUUAAAAGUCUUAUAACUUUUUAUUUUUGCCCUCACUGGCCUCCAAGUUUUCUAGGAUGAUGCAAUGUCCAGCCAUCAACACAUUUGUGAAGGAAUUUUUACUCCCCAAAAGAGCGCCCCCCCAUGGCAGGAGAAAAAAGUCCAUUUUUUCUUGUCCCCUAAGGUGAAAAUUCACAUUGUUGAGUGUCACGCCUGUACGCUUUGUCAAAAUGACACAAAAAUUGACACACACAUGUAUCUCAAUAAGAUCUACAAAAAAGUCAAUGGGCGCGUAUCUGUCAAAUGUACGGUUAAAGGGUUACUCCGCAUUUUUUGCCGAUUCGCACACAUUGGAAUUUCGCUAACUCCUCCGAAGGCUUUCGUUCCACCGGCACCACAUUUGCUCAGGCCAAUCUACACCCCAUGGCCAUUAAAAGUUAUUCAAAUCAUGACGCUGCACCCCACGGUUUACGUUCUAGGGGGCGCCAAAGAUAACCCAAAAAUCCAAAUUUUUAAAAGUCUUAUAACUUUUUAUUUUUGUCCUCACUGGCCUCCAAGUUUUCUAGGAUGAUGCAAUGUCCAGCCAUCAACACAUUUGUGAAGGAAUUUUUACUCCCUAAAAGAGCGCCCCCCAUGGCAGGAGAAAAAAGUCCAUUUUUUCUUGUCCCCUAAGGUGAAAAUACACAUUGUUGAGUGUAACACCUGUACGCUUUGGCAAAAUGACACAAAAAUUGACACACACAUGUAUCUCAAUAAGAUCUACGAAAAAGUCAAUGCGCGCGUAUCUGUCAAAUGUACGGUUAAAGGGUUAUUCCGCAUUUUUUGCCGAUCCGCACACAUUGGAAUUUCGCUAACUCCUCCGAAGGCUUUCGUUCCACCGGCACCACAUUUGCUCAGGCCAAUCUACACCCCAUGGCCAUUAAAAGUUAUUCAAAUCAUGACGCUGCACCCCACGGUUUAGGUUCUAGGGGGCGCCAAAGAUAACACUAAAAUCCACAUAUUUAAAAGUCUUAUAACUUUUUAUUUUUGUCCUCACUGGCCUCCAAGUUUUCUAGGAUGAUGCAAUGUCCAGCCAUCAACACAUUUGUGAAGGAAUUUUUACUCCCCAAAAGAGCGCCCCCCCAUGGCAGGAGAAAAAAGUCAAUUUUUUCUUGUCCCCUAAGGUGGAAAUUCACACUAUUGACUGUCACGCCUGUACGCUUUAUCAUAUUGACACAAAAAUUGACACACAUAUGUAUCUCAAUAAGAUCUACAAAAAAGUCAAUGCGCGCGUAUCUGUCAAAUGUACGGUUAAAGGGCUAUUUUGCAUUUUUUGCCGAUUCGCACACAUUGGAAUGUGGCUAACUCCUCCUAAGGCUUUCGUCCCACUGACACCAAAUUUGCUCAGGCCAAUCUACACCCCAUGGCCAUUCAAAGUUGUAAAAAUCAUGACGCUGCACCCCACGGUUUACGUUCUAGGGGGCGCCAAAGAUGACCCAAAAAUCCACAUUCUUAAAGGAAUCCACAUCCCCCCCAAGGCAGGAGAAAAAGUCAAGUUAACCCUGCCCAUCGCUCAAUGGCUCAAUCGCAUCGCUCUCCAGGCAACACCGUAAGGAGGAGCAACCUGCCAUUUCGAUAUAUCAUAGCUGUGUUUGUGCCCUCACUCAUGGUCCAGACUUUUUUCAAAUAGGACAUGAAGUUUGUCUGCAGCGAGUGUUUUGGUAGAAACUGCGCCUCCCAUUCAUUAUAAUGGGAAAUGACCACAGACAAGUGCGCACACCAUCUUUGGACCUUGAGUGUGACGCGAUCGGGAGGGGGAGGCGGUCGCGCUAGGGGCGGCGCGACGCGGCUCGGGCCCGACAGUGCCCCACCGGGGCCCUAGUUUGUUAUUAUUAGGGCCCGAGCCAGCUGCAGAGCAGCCGGGCGUAGGCCCUAUUAUUCCCCAAGUGGUUUUUCUUUGUUUCUUUCUUUCUUUAGGGCCCGAGCGUAGCUGCUAAGCAGCUGCGAGAGCCCUCUUGUUCCUGCAUGUUUCCUUCUUUUUAGGGCCCGAGCGUAGCUGCUAAGCAGCUGCGAGAGCCCUCUUGUUCCUGUAGUUUCCUUCUUUUGUUAUUAUUAUUAUUAUUAUUUUUCCUCCCCUUUGAACUGGAAAAUGGCCCACUUCCCACUGGCGAAAACUCAUGAAAUUUGGCAGGACGACCGGGCCUGGUGAAAAAUUUGAUAUUCCGAAGUCGCCCAAACAAGAAAAUGCAAAAUGGCUCCAUAGCGCCCCCUAAGGUGAAAAUUCACACUAUUCACUGUCACGCCUGUACGCUUUGUCAAAAUGACACAAAAAUUGACACACACAUGUAUCUCAAUAAGAUCUACAAAAAAGUCAGUGCGGGCGUAUCUGUCAAAUGUACGUUUAAAGGGUUAUUUCGCAUUUUUUGCCGAUCCGCACACAUUGGAAUUUCGCUAACUCCUCCGAAGGCUUUCGUUCCACCGGCACCACAUUUGCUCAGGCCAAUCUACACCCCAUGGCCAUUAAAAGUUAUUCAAAUCAUGACGCUGCACCCCACGGUUUAGGUUCUAGGGGGCGCCAAAGAUAACCCUAAGAUCCACAUAUUUAAAAGUCUUAUAACUUUUUAUUUUUGCCCUCACUGGCCUCCAAGUUUUCUAGGAUGAUGCAAUGUCCAGCCAUCAACACAUUUGUGAAGGAAUUUUUACUCCCCAAAAGAGCGCCCCCCAUGGCAGGAGAAAAAAGUCCAUUUUUUCUUGUCCCCUAAGGUGAAAAUACACAUUGUUGAGUGUAACACCUGUACGCUUUGGCAAAAUGACACCAAAAUUGAGACACACAUGUAUCUCAAUAAGAUCUACAAAAAAGUCAAUGCGCACGUAUCUGUCAAAUGUACGGUUAAAGGGUUAUUCCGCAUUUUUUGCCGAUCCGCACACAUUGGAAUUUCGCUAACUCCUCCGAAGGCUUUCGUUCCACCGGCACCACAUUUUCUCAGGCCAAUCUACACCCCAUGGCCAUUAAAAGUUAUUCAAAUCAUGACGCUGCACCCCACGGUUUAGGUUCUAGGGGGCGCCAAAGAUAACCGUAAAAUCCACAUAUUUAAAAGUCUUAUAACUUUUUAUUUUUGUCCCCACUGGCCUCCAAGUUUUCUAGGAUGAUGCAAUGUCCAGCCAUCAACACAUUUGUGAAGGAAUUUUUACUCGCCAAAAGAGCGCCCCCCAUGGCAGGAGAAAAAAGUCCAUUUUUUCUUGUCCACUAAGGUGAAAAUACACAUUGUUGAGUGCUACGCCUGUAUGUUUUGUCGUAUUGACACAAAAUUUUACAUACACGUGUCUUUCAAUAAGAUCUUCGAAAAAGUCAAUGGCCACGUAUCUGUAAAAUGUACGGUUAAAGGGUUAUUUCGCAUUUUUUGCAGAUUCGCACACAUUGGAAUUUCGCUAACUCCUCCGAAGGCUUUCGUUCCACCGGCACCACAUUUGCUCAGGCCAAUCUACACCCCAUGGCCAUUAAAAGUUAUUCAAAUCAUGACGCUGCACCCCACGGUUUAGGUUCUAGGGGGCGCCAAAGAUAACCCUAAAAUCCACAUAUUUAAAAGUCUUAUAACUUUUUAUUUUUGUCCUCACUGGCCUCCAUGUUUUCUAGGAUGAUGCAAUGUCCAGCCAUCAACACAUUUGUGAAGGAGUUUUUCUCGUUAAAAGAGCGCCCCCCCAUGGCAGGAGAAUAAAGUCAAGUUUUUCCUGUUCAUCAUUCAAUGGCUCAAACGCACUGCUCUCUCGGCAAAAGCGAAAGGAGGAGCAACUUGCCAUUUGGAUAUAUCUUAGCUGUGUUUGUGCCCUCACUCAUGGUCCAGACUUUUUUCAAAUAGGACAUGGACUUUUUCUGCAGCGAGCGUUUUGGUAGAAACUGCGCCUCCCGUUCAUUUUAAUGGUAAAUGACCACAAACAAGUGCGCACACCAUCUUUGGACCUUGAGUGUGACGCGAUCGGGUGGGGGAGGCGGUCGUGCUGGGGGCGGCGUGACACGGCUCGGGCCCGCCAGUGCCCCAACGGGGCCCUAGUUUGUUAUUAUUAUUAUUUUUCCUCCCCUUUGAACUGGAAAAUGGCCCACUUCCCACUGGCGAAAACUCAUGAAAUUUGGCAGGACGACCGGGCCUGGUGAAAAAUUUGAUAUUCCGAAGUCGCCCAAACAAGAAAAUGCAAAAUGGCUCCAUAGCGCCCCCUAAGGUGAAAAUUCACACUAUUGACUGUCACGCGUGUACGCUUUGUCAAAAUGACACAAAAAUUGACACACACAUGUAUCUCAAUAAGAUCUACAAAAAAGUCAGUGCGGGCGUAUCUGUCAAAUGUACGGUUAAAGGGUUAUUUCGCAUUUUUUGCCGAUCCGCACACAUUGGAAUUUCGCUAACUCCUCCGAAGGCUUUCGUUCCACCGGCACCACAUUUGCUCAGGCCAAUCUACACCCCAUGGCCAUUAAAAGUUAUUCAAAUCAUGAGGCUGCACUUCACGGUUUAGGUUGUAGGGGGCGCCAAAGAUAACCCUAAGAUCCACAUAUUUAAAAGUCUUAUAACUUUUUAUUUUUGCCCUCACUGGCCUCCAAGUUUUCUAGGAUGAUGCAAUGUCCAGCCAUCAACACAUUUGUGAAGGAAUUUUUACUCCCCAAAAGAGCGCCCCCCCAUGGCAGGAGAAAAAAGUCCAUUUUUUCUUGUCCCCUAAGGUGAAAAUACACAUUGUUGAGUGUAACACCUGUACGCUUUGGCAAAAUGACACAAAAAUUGACACACACAUGUAUCUCAAUAAGAUCUACGAAAAAGUCAAUGCGCGCGUAUCUGUCAAAUGUACGGUUAAAGGGUUAUUCCGCAUUUUUUGCCGAUGCGCACACAUUGGAAUUUCGCUAACUCCUCCGAAGGCUUUCGUUCCACCGGCACCACAUUUGCUCAGGCCAAUCUACACCCCAUGGCCAUUAAAAGUUAUUCAAAUCAUGACGCUGCACCCCACGGUUUAGGUUCUAGGGGGCGCCAAAGAUAACCCUAAAAUCCACAUAUUUAAAAGUCUUAUAACUUUUUAUUUUUGUCCUCACUGGCCUCCAAGUUUUCUAGGAUGAUGCAAUGUCCAGCCAUCAACACAUUUGUGAAGGAAUUUUUACUCCCCAAAAGAGCGCCCCCCCAUGGCAGGAGAAAAAAGUCCAUUUUUUCUUGUCCCCUAAGGUGGAAAUUCACACUAUUGACUGUCACGCCUGUACGCUUUAUCAUAUUGACACAAAAAUUGACACACAUAUGUAUCUCAAUAAGAUCUACAAAAAAGUCAAUUCGCGCGUAUCUGUCAAAUGUACGGUUAAAGGGCUAUUUUGCAUUUUUUGCCGAUUCGCACACAUUGGAAUGUGGCUAACUCCUCCUAAGGCUUUCGUCCCACUGACACCAAAUUUGCUCAGGCCAAUCUACACCCCAUGGCCAUUCAAAGUUGUAAAAAUCAUGACGCUGCACCCCACGGUUUACGUUCUAGGGGGCGCCAAAGAUGACCCAAAAAUCCACAUUCUUAAAGGAAUCCACAUCCCCCCCCCCAGGCAGGAGAAAAAGUCAAGUUAACCCUGCCCAUCGCUCAAUGGCUCAAUCGCAUCGCUCUCCAGGCAACACCGUAAGGAGGAGCAACCUGCCAUUUCGAUAUAUCAUAGCUGUGUUUGUGCCCUCACUCAUGGUCCAGACUUUUUUACAUAGGACAUGAAGUUUGUCUGCAGCGAGUGUUUUGGUAGAAACUGCGCCUCCCAUUCAUUAUAAUGGGAAAUGACCACAGACAAGUGCGCACACCAUCUUUGGACCUUGAGUGUGACGCGAUCGGGAGGGGGAGGCGGUCGCGCUGGGGGCGGCGCGACGCGGCUCGGGCCCGACAGUGCCCCACCGGGGCCCUAGUUCUUUCUUUCUUUCUUCUUUUUCCUCCCCUUUGAACUGGAAAAUGGCCCACUUCCCACUGGCGAAAACUCAUGAAAUUUGGCAGGACGACCGGGCCUGGUGAAAAAUUCGAUAUUCUGAAGUCGCCCAAACAAUAAAAUGCAAAAUGGCUCCAUAGCGCCCCCUAAGGUGGAAAUUCACACUAUUGACUGUCACGCCUGUACGCUUUGUCAUAUUGACACAAAAAUUGACACACAUAUGUAUCUCAAUAAGAUCUACAAAAAAGUCAGUGCGGGCGUAUCUGUCAAAUGUACGGUUAAAGGGUUAUUUCGCAUUUUUUGCCGAUCCGCACACAUUGGAAUUUCGCUAACUCCUCCGAAGGCUUUCGUUCCACCGGCACCACAUUUGCUCAGGCCAAUCUACACCCCGUGGCCAUUAAAAGUUAUCAAAAUCAUGACGCUGCACCCCACGGUUUAGGUUCUAGGGGGCGCCAAAGAUAACACUAAAAUCCACAUAUUUAAAAGUCUUAUAACUUUUUAUUUUUGUCCUCACUGGCCUCCAAGUUUUCUAGGAUGAUGCAAUGUCCAGCCAUCAACACAUUUGUGAAGGAAUUUUUACUCCCCAAAAGAGCGCCCCCCCAUGGCAGGAGAAAAAAGUCCAUUUUUUCUUGUCCCCUAAGGUGAAAAUACACAUUGUUGAGUGUCACGCCUAUACGCUUUGUCAAAAUGACACAAAAAUUGACACACACAUGUAACUCAAUAAGAUCUACGAAAAAGUCAAUGCGCGCGUAUCUGUCAAAUGUACGGUUAAAGGGUUAUUCCGCAUUUUUUGCCGAUCCGCACACAUUGGAAUGUGGCUAACUCCUCCUAAGGCUUUCGUUCCACCGGCACCACAUUUGCUCAGGACAAUCUACACCCCAUGGCCAUUAAAAGUUAUUCAAAUCAUGACGCUGCACCCCACGGUUUAGGUUCUAGGGGGCGCCAAAGAUAACCCUAAGAUCCACAUAUUUAAAAGUCUUAUAACUUUUUAUUUUUGCCCUCACUGGCCUCCAAGUUUUCUAGGAUGAUGCAAUGUCCAGCCAUCAACACAUUUGUGAAGGAAUUUUUACUCCCCAAAAGAGCGCCCCCCAUGGCAGGAGAAAAAAGUCCAUUUUUUCUUGUCCCCUAAGGUGAAAAUACACAUUGUUGAGUGUAACACCUGUACGCUUUGGCAAAAUGACACAAAAAUUGACACACACAUGUAUCUCAAUAAGAUCUACGAAAAAGUCAAUGCGCGCGUAUCUGUCAAAUGUACGGUUAAAGGGUUAUUCCGCAUUUUUUGCCGAUCCGCACACAUUGGAAUUUCGCUAACUCCUCCGAAGGCUUUCGUUCCACCGGCACCACAUUUGCUCAGGCCAAUCUACACCCCAUGGCCAUUAAAAGUUAUUCAAAUCAUGACGCUGCACCCCACGGUUUAGGUUCUAGGGGGCGCCAAAGAUAACCCUAAAAUCCACAUAUUUAAAAGUCUUAUAACUUUUUAUUUUUGUCCUCACUGGCCUCCAAGUUUUCUAGGAUGAUGCAAUGUCCAGCCAUCAACACAUUUGUGAAGGAAUUUUUACUCCCCAAAAGAGCGCCCCCCCAUGGCAGGAGAAAAAAGUCAAUUUUUUCUUGUCCCCUAAGGUGGAAAUUCACACUAUUGACUGUCACGCCUGUACGCUUUAUCAUAUUGACACAAAAUUUGACAAUCACAUGUAUCUCAAUAAGAUCUACAAAAAAGUCAAUGCGCGCGUAUCUGUCAAAUGUACGGUUAAAGGGCUAUUUUGCAUUUUUUGCCGAUUCGCACACAUUGGAAUGUGGCUAACUCCUCCUAAGGCUUUCGUCCCACUGACACCAAAUUUGCUCAGGCCAAUCUACACCCCAUGGUCAUUCAAAUUUGUAAAAAUCAUGACGCUGCACCCCACGGUUUACGUUCUAGGGGGCGCCAAAGAUGACCCAAAUAUCCACAUUCUUAAAAGAAUCCACAUCCCCCCCCCCCAUCCCCCAACCCCCAUGGCAGGAGAAACAGUCAAGUUUUUCCUGCCCAUCACUCAAUGGCUCAAUCGCAUCACUCUCCCGGCAACACCGUAACAAGGAGCAACUUGCCGUUUGGAUAUAUCCUAGCUGUGUUUGUGCCCUCACUCAUGGUCCAGACUUUUUUCAAAUAGGACAUGUAGUUUGUCUGCAGCGAGUGUUUUGGUAGAAACUGCGCCUCCCAUUCAUUAUAAUGGGAAAUGACCACAGACAAGUGCGCACACCAUCUUUGGACCUUGAGUGUGACGCGAUCGGGAGGGGGAGGCGGUCGCGCUGGGGGCGGCGCAACGCGGCUCGGGCCCGACAGUGCCCCACCGGGGCCCUAGUUUGUUAUUAUUAUUUUUCCUCCCCUUUGAACUGGAAAAUGGCCCACUUCCCACUGGCGAAAACUCAUGAAAUUUGGCAGGACGACCGGGCCUGGUGAAAAAUUUGAUAUUCCGAAGUCGCCCAAACAAGAAAAUGCAAAAUGGCUCCAUAGCGCCCCCUAAGGUGAAAAUUCACACUAUUGACUGUCACGCCUGUACGCUUUGUCAAAAUGACACAAAAAUUGACACACACAUGUAUCUCAAUAAGAUCUACAAAAAAGUCAGUGCGGGCGUAUCUGUCAAAUGUACGGUUAAAGGGUUAUUUCGCAUUUUUUGCCGAUCCGCACACAUUGGAAUUUCGCUAACUCCUCCGAAGGCUUUCGUUCCACCGGCACCACAUUUGCUCAGGCCAAUCUACACCCCAUGGCCAUUAAAAGUUAUUCAAAUCAUGACGCUGCACCCCACGGUUUAGGUUCUAGGGGGCGCCAAAGAUAACCCUAAGAUCCACAUAUUUAAAAGUCUUAUAACUUUUUAUUUUUGCCCUCACUGGCCUCCAAGUUUUCUAGGAUGAUGCAAUGUCCAGCCAUCAACACAUUUGUGAAGGAAUUUUUACUCCCCAAAAGAGCGCCCCCCCAUGGCAGGAGAAAAAAGUCCAUUUUUUCUUGUCCCCUAAGGUGAAAAUACACAUUGUUGAGUGUAACACCUGUACGCUUUGGCAAAAUGACACAAAAAUUGACACACACAUGUAUCUCAAUAAGAUCUACGAAAAAGUCAAUGCGCGCGUAUCUGUCAAAUGUACGGUUAAAGGGUUAUUCCGCAUUUUUUGCCGAUCCGCACACAUUGGAAUUUCGCUAACUCCUCCGAAGGCUUUCGUUCCACCGGCACCACAUUUGCUCAGGCCAAUCUACACCCCAUGGCCAUUAAAAGUUAUUCAAAUCAUGACGCUGCACCCCACGGUUUAGGUUCUAGGGGGCGCCAAAGAUAACCCUAAAAUCCACAUAUUUAAAAGUCUUAUAACUUUUUAUUUUUGUCCUCACUGGCCUCCAAGUUUUCUAGGAUGAUGCAAUGUCCAGCCAUCAACACAUUUGUGAAGGAAUUUUUACUCCCCAAAAGAGCGCCCCCCCAUGGCAGGAGAAAAAAGUCAAUUUUUUCUUGUCCCCUAAGGUGGAAAUUCACACUAUUGACUGUCACGCCUGUACGCUUUAUCAUAUUGACACAAAAUUUGACAAUCACAUGUAUCUCAAUAAGAUCUACAAAAAAGUCAAUGCGCGCGUAUCUGUCAAAUGUACGGUUAAAGGGCUAUUUUGCAUUUUUUGCCGAUUCGCACACAUUGGAAUGUGGCUAACUCCUCCUAAGGCUUUCGUCCCACUGACACCAAAUUUGCUCAGGCCAAUCUACACCCCAUGGUCAUUCAAAGUUGUAAAAAUCAUGACGCUGCACCCCACGGUUUACGUUCUAGGGGGCGCCAAAGAUGACCCAAAUAUCCACAUUCUUAAAAGAAUCCACAUCCCCCCCCCCCCCCCCAUCCCCCAACCCCCAUGGCAGGAGAAACAGUCAAGUUUUUCCUGCCCAUCACUCAAUGGCUCAAUCGCAUCACUCUCCCGGCAACACCGUAACAAGGAGCAACUUGCCGUUUGGAUAUAUCCUAGCUGUGUUUGUGCCCUCACUCAUGGUCCAGACUUUUUUCAAAUAGGACAUGUAGUUUGUCUGCAGCGAGUGUUUUGGUAGAAACUGCGCCUCCCAUUCAUUAUAAUGGGAAAUGACCACAGACAAGUGCGCACACCAUCUUUGGACCUUGAGUGUGACGCGAUCGGGAGGGGGAGGCGGUCGCGCUGGGGGCGGCGCAACGCGGCUCGGGCCCGACAGUGCCCCACCGGGGCCCUAGUUAAUUCUGUUUUCUUUUCAUUGAAAUUUAAAAAACUUGAGGCCAUCCAGACUUUUUUGUCUUUAAAACAAUCUAGCAAACGUUUUAGAGAGCUACCAACAUUUGUCUUUCUUGGGAGGAUCUGAGUGUUGUCUGCAUACAGAUGGUCAGAUAUACCGAGAGGGAGGAGAUAUAGGGAGAACAGGAUGGGACCAAGAAUAGAGCCUUGGGGUACUCCACAAGAAAGGGGGGCACAAGAAGAGACUAGUCACCAACUUUCACUUUAAAACAGACAAGUCGGACCUGAACCAGUUAAGAGCUGUACCUGUUGUUUCUGAACAGAGCCCAGAUGAACUCCUUCACCCCGCUGAGUUUCCCCAAGUCCAGAUCAGCUCUGUGGGAUGGCAGCCCGACAGGAGAGACCCUCAGUCUGCAGCUCUGUGCUCACAGGUACAAACUAAAGCUGUGAUCAUGUGUGAACUAAACUUUAGAUCAGAGGAAAUAUUCAGAGUAAACUGCAUGAACACGAACAGGAGAACGAACGAACGAACCUUAGAGGUGUGUGUGUGUGUGUGUGUGUGUGUGUGUGUGUGUGUGUGUGUGUGUGUGUGUGUGUGUGUGUGUGUGUGCAGAAAGCCUCGCCUGGUGCUGAUGGAGAAAGCUUUGCGUCUGGCUCAGCGCCACGCUCGUCAGAGCAACAAGCCCCGCCUACUCUGCUUCUUCCUGGGAUCAGUGUCUGUGGAUGCAGGUCAGAGGUCACCACCAGCCCUGAUGGUCGCUGUUUGUCUGCCAUUGUUCCGUUGUGGUUACUCCUGUCCUCUCUCUCUGUGUGUUUCCAGAUGAAGAAGGGGUCACACUGACUCUGGACCGGUUCGAUCCGGGUCGGGACCAGGCUGGAUCUUCAGGGAGGGUACCUUCUGCUCUGCUGCCGGGAGACGUCCUGGUUCCAUGUUUGUUCUCCUCACAGAACGAGACGUCUGAUUCUGUCGUCCAAUCAGAGGCUGAGCUGCACCAAACCUUCAAGGUGAGUGCCACACCUGAAGCUCCGCCCCUAAAACUGGUCCUCAGGUGUCAAUAUCUGAUAUUUAGGUUUUUCUGUCUGUGUGUGUGUGUGUGUGCGCGCCAGGCGUUGCAGCAGUGUGUGAGCAGCAGCAGACACCCUCUGGAUCUGAGUCAGCUGAUAAAGGUCAGAGGUCACGUGGUCUGCUCUCAUCAGUCUGACGCUGCAGUUUUCAGUCUCAGCUGGUCGUCCGUCUCUCCGUCUGUCGCUGUGGUUGUUCAGCCAGUCCGGUCCGUCCCUGUCAUCCCCACCGCUCUGCUGAGGAGUCUGACCAGCAUCAACAGACCGCUACCGCACGCCGCCAACCGACAGAGAGGGUAAGAGCGAGUCUCCCUCUCAUUUUGGACGAGUCUGAUGGACGUGGGUCAGGUCUGAGCUGAGUGGUUUUGUUUGCAGGUUUCUGACCAUGGACCAGACUAGGAAACUUCUUCUGCUGCUGGAGUCUGACCCUAAAGUCUCCACGCUGCCGCUGGUCGGACUGUGAGUCGACGUUUAGGAUUAAAAGAGACGCUCAGGAGGUCACCACGAAAUACUUCAACGUCACAGUUUCAGACUCUAACUCUGCUCUCCUGUCUCGUCACAGCUGGCUGAGUGGAGUCACACACAUCUACAACCCUCAGGUGUGGGCGUGGUGUCUAAGGUUCCUGUUCAGCUCCUCCCUCCAGGACAGGUGCGUCCCCUCACCACCUAAUAAUAAUAAUAAUGUUUUAUUUAUAUUGCACUUUACAUCUCUGGAUUUACCGGUCGAUCUACGUGCCGACCCUCACCUAUGGCCAUGAACUUUGGGUAAUGAGACCUUGUGGCCGGCCUGAGACCAGGUGGAGGGAUUAUAUCUCUCGCCUGGCCUGGGAGCGCCUGGGAAUCCACCCUGGAGGAGCUGGUGGAAAUGGCUGGGGUGAGGGCGGUCUGGGCUUCCCUCCUGAAGCUGCUGCCCCCGCGACCCGGACCCGGAUGAAGCGGAAGAAGACGUUGACGUUUGCGUUGAAGUUAAAGGACAACUGGACUUACUUGUUUUGACCUGUUUGUUUACCUUCGAUUGGUGGAUACGGCCUUUUCGUAGACGUUCAGGAUGCGGUGGAUAUUGGGGGUGAACCUGAGUCAGUAGCCACGUUUACAUGCAGACUUUUUUCUCAUUCGGAUUAUAAUCAUUUCGAUUGAAGCUCCCAGGCGAACUGUUUACAUGGAAGCGAUCUAUUCUGAUCUGGUGUUUACAUGUGCCACGGCAUUCAAUCGGAACAGCUAUUUACAGACACGUGAUACCUUCAAACAUCACGUGAUUGAUCAAAGAUGGAGGUCUUUCGUCUGUUAAGCAGAGUAGUAGCGAUUGUUUUUUCACUUUUAUUAAAGCAACAGCUUGCCACCAACGCGCUCUUACUGGACGCACUACAGAGGAGAAGACGUGAAGAAGAAGCCUUUAUUGUUAGUGCUGUGCAAUGUUUGCCCGCUCUGCCCAUGCCUUUGUAUCAAAAACAAACUCUCCGACGCAGACCAGUGCAUCGUGCUCUGCUUGGAAGCCGCCAUCAUGUUUCCAUGUGAGUCAUACGUCACUGCUUGUUUACAUCAGGACAGAGCAUGCGCAGACAGAACCCAGCCUGACAACUUUCUGAUUCACCGUUUACAUGACAGGAUUUUGCUUUUAAUCGGAAUGGGAAAAGGAAUAUUCUACCCCUGUGAAUCGGAAUGAAAUUCCAUUCGGAAUGGGCCUGUUUAUUCCGAAUGAGGUGUUUAUAUGGAGCAUUUUCAUUCUGAUUGGGCUUCUAAUCCAAUUAUAUUUGGAAUAUUUGGCUCCAUGUAAACGUAGCUACUGAAGACUAUCAGAGUCCAGAUUUACGGACUUCCCUGAAGCUGCUGCCCCCAGGACCCGAACCCGGAUGAAUCGGAAGAAAAUGACGACACCGAAAACAGAUCUCAAAGUGCAUGCAGUGGAGCUCUGAGUUGGUCAGGAAGGGCGUUCCACAGACGGGCAGCCUCAAAGGCCUUGUCCCCCAUUGUCUUGAGCUGAGUCCUGGGCGGGUGCAGACGGUGCAUUUGGCCUGACCGGGUUCUAGCUAAGGUGUGUGGGGUGAGGAGUUCAGUGAGGCAGGUGGGGGCUGAUUUUGAAUCCGAUGUGGAGGUGGACGGGGAGCCAGUGCAGAGUGCGAAGGAUGGGGGUGAUGUGCUAAGGACCCUGGCAGCGCUGUUUUGAAAAUGCUGGAGCUUUUGGAAGUUCUUGUCAGGGAUCCCAAUGAGGAGUGUGUGCAGUAGUCAAGCCUGGAGGAAACAAAGGCGUGGACGAGCUUCUCAGCAGCAGAGCAGGCGAGAGAUGGAUGGAGUUUGGCGAUGUUAUGGAGACAUGAUUGAUGUGGGUGUCAAAGCUAAGAUGGGGGUCAAACCUGACUCCCAGAUUAGCCGUGGAAGGAGAGAGAGGGAGAGGUUGUGGCCGAGAAAGGAAACGCAGGAAAUUGGUGAGGAACGGAGCUGGUGAAGGGUACCCGUGUGAGUGGCUUCUGUUUUUGAGGUGUUCAGCUGUAAAAAGUUUUCGGUCAUCCACGCCAGGAGUGGAGGUGGGAGGGACCUUGAGGUAGAGCUGUGUGUCGUUGGAAUCGUAUUCCAUGCUAGCUGACGACACAACUGAGAGGGAGCAUGUAGAUGGGGAAGAGGGUUGGACCGAGCACAGAGCUCUGGGGGACCCCACAGGUGGCGGUGUGGAGGUGGAACUUGGCGUCUCCCAGGGCUACAAACUCGGUCCUUCCUGUGAGGUAUGAAUGGAACCAUUUCAGGGCGGUGCCAGAAAUGCCGAUGUUGUGUUGGAGGCGGUGAAGGAGGAUGUGAUGACCUGUCCAGAUCAUGUCCGCUCUGUCCUCUUCUGUCUCUGACGUUCCUCUUCCUCCUGUUUUCAGAGUUUUUUCAGAGAGCAGCUGUUUCCUCCUCGUCCUGUUCGGCUCCACACACAGAGCUCCUCAGUUCUUCCAGUGUCGAGGAUCAGGAUCGGGUCUACAGCUGGACUACCAGCUACUCACCACCUCCCAGUCUGUCACGCUGUACCAGGUAACGGCACACCUGACAGGUACAGCAGUGAAGAAGUGCUGUCCUCUGAUGUGGACUAACAGGUUUUCUUGUCCCAGCAGCAGGCGGUCUGUGCGGAGGGUCAGACUCUGAGGUGUGAUCUGGGUUCAGAGGAUCUCAGCAGACAGACUCAGGUGUUCAGAGACGCCCUGAGAUCCUUCAACAGGUAACAGUUUAUGGAUUAAAGGGGCAGUACGGCAUUUAGACUGGAACCCUGAUCAAACUAUAUAAACAAAGUCUGGAACCCUGAGUCCUGACCUUGACCCUCCUCCGUGUCCUCAGGGUCGUCCCUCCAGCUGCUGGUCUGUCCAUCAGUGACCAGGACUCUGGAGUCGAGGAUGAAGACCUGUCUCCUAGACCGUCUCCGAGUCCCCACCCCCCAGCCCAGCAGGUGAGUCACAGGUGGAGUCAAACCCAGGUGAGUUAGACCCCGCCCCCCUGUAGACCUCCCCUCACGGUCUGUUUGUGUUUCAGUCUCGCAGAGUCCAGCCGUCUGUCCCUGAACUCUCGCUGCUGGUUGACGGCAGCUUCUCCAAUCACAACGUCUGGCAGGACCCUAACUCCGCCCACAGACCUCCACCACCUGCUCCCGCUGACAGGAAGUCUGGUCCUCCCACUGGAAACGCCUCCUCCACCUCAGCAGCUCCUCCUCCUCCUCACCUUCACAGCACCCCCAACUCCAACCUGCAGCAGCCCUGCACCUGCUGCGCCUCCCACACCUACAACUGCACCUCCAUCUACUCCUCCUCCCCUGGACGCCACCCUGCUGCACCUCCUUUACCACAUCACAGGAACAGUGCUCCUCCAUGCUCCUAUCAAAAAACCACUCCUCCUUCUAGCAAACCCCACCCUGCUCCUCCUCCUUCAUCCUCCAAACACCACCACACUCCUCCUACUGCUCCUCCCCUCCAUCGUCAGACUCCUCCUCCUCCUCCUCAUGUGCUUGACUCUGCUGCGUCUCCUACACCUGCUGUUUUUCCACAUCACCACCACACACCUCCACCCUCCCAUCAUCAUACCCCUCCUCCUUUAACUAAGCCCCGCCUUUCUUCGCCUCCAUCCUCACGUCCUCAAACUUCAUCUCCCUCCAACAACCUCCCAGCUACUCCCUCCUCCCCUCAGGGUGCACCUCCUCCCUCCCAUCACCAUACACCACCUCACUUCUCCAGUAACUCCAGCCCCGCCCACCACAGUCACACCCCCCCUCCUCCGCCUCCCCCAAGUUUGCCAGCUCCUCCCUCUUGUCCCUACAGCCUCCCUUCUGUGAACCUCGCCCCUCUCCCCUGGCUCCCCCCUCCCUCCUGUGUGAAUCAGUGCUGUAAUCAGGUGGGCGGAGUCACACCACCUGACACCUAUCAGCUCCUCCUCCAUCAGGACCGGCAGCUCCGCCUCCUGCAGGCUCAGGUGAGAACAGAAGCUCCUUCGUUCUUCGAUCAGGAGCUCCUGAUUGGUCCUGACUGGUCCGUUGUCACGGUAACGUGGAUGUUUGCUGGGUCUCUGCAGGUUCAGAUGUUGCUGGAGGCUCAGGGGAAACUUCAGACCUCCGGUCCGCAGUCAGACGCUCAGACUCGCCGCAGCACCGCCAGCAUCGCCGUGGGAACAGGUGAGACCAGUGACGGAUCCUCCAGGUCAACCGACCGGGUUCUGACUGACCCGGGUUUGAACUUUGUGUUGGUUUGGUUUUUAGGCGCCAGUCUGUUCUGGGGAAUUCCUGAGCAGCCCCCCCCUCAUGAGGAGGUCCAGACUUCUCCCGCCUCCUCACCUGCACCUCCCCUUGUGUCCACCGCCGUCCAGCAUGCUGAGAUGUCCAUGGUCAGCCAUGUUGGCGAGGCUUCAGACGACGGUUACAAAGAUCAGGAGGUCGCCGUGAACAGGUCAGAGGUCAAAUAAUCAGCCGACAGAGAUCAGGCGAUCCUUCCAUCCUCCGAUUCUUAAACGUGUUCGUGGUUUUCUGUCCCAGCCUCAGCGGCCUGCAGAGUCCAGUCCUGGGGGAGAGCGCCAGCAUGUUCUCACCUGCAGACGACCAGCAGGACUUCUACCAGAACCUGAUGGUACCUGAGAGAGAACCCGUCAUACUGACAGAUUCUGAUCGGCGAACAAACCUGAUCGAUGUUUCCUCUGCUCCUCAGACUCAGCUGACCAGUCGUCUCCAGGAGUCUGACAGCAAAGAGGAGGAGGAGGAGGAGGAGGAGGAGGAGACAUCCAGGAGGAGGAGUCUGCCUGCUGCUCCUGACUCCUCCCAUUCCUCCUUUUCCUCCUCCUCCAGGAGGAAGCAGCAGGGCCGGGGUGGAGACCCGGUGGUCAGCGCCACCCUGCGGCAGCUGCAUCAGCUCGGCGUGGACGUGGAUGAAGAAGAUUUGACGGAGUCAGAGAGAAGGAAACACCGAACUGUGGAGAGCAGCAGGUAAAAAACACCUUCUGAUCGAUCACACCCUCUGAUCGAUCACUUUAUAAUUGAUUAUUUGUGAACAUCUAUGUUGGUCAUGGUGCGUCCAACACUGCUGCACCAUCAAAAGUUAAAGGGAUAUUCCGACGUAAAACUAAUUUGUCUGUUUUUGUGUGUGUGUGUGCGUGCGUGAUCAGCACUCUGGCGGCCAUCAACCCAGCUGCGGUUCUGUCCAGACUGAGCGUGUCCGAACCGACGGCGAGCUCUCUGUUUCCUGGAGGCAGCGUGGAUUUGAGUCUGGAGGCCAACGCCAUCGCCCUGCGCUACCUCAGCGACUCUCAGCUCAGCCGGCUGUCUCUGGGAGGUCACACGCCCCUUCCAGGCCCCGCCUCCUCCUCUUGUGACUCUCUACUGUCGCCUAGCAACAUGUCUCUGGCCACCAGGAAGUACAUGAGGAGGUACGGUUUGAUUGAGGAGGAGGACGGCGAGGAUGAGGAGGAGCAGGAGAUCGACGUUCGGGAGGAGUCGACCCGUCCGCCGCUGAGUGAAGCCCUGAAUGUGAAGCUCCUCCCACAGAGUCAGCUGAUCAGAGACCUGAAACCUAAAAUGCAGCUGUUAGCGGGCGGCGGCGGCAGAGCGCACAGAGACGACAAGGAGAACUGUGAGAACAGGCGGCCAUCUUUAGUGAGGGCGAGCAGCCGUCAGACUGAGGGGUCAGUGGGGAACAUCCUGGACCUGAGCCGCCUGAGACAGCUGCCCAAACUCUUCUGACCACAACGAGCGAGCCGGCGACUCAUUAAUGGAGUCGGAGAUAAAAACAUGAGGUCUGAGGUUUGGUGCACGUGCUCAGUGCAGCACCUGCUCUGAUUCGGGUCUCGUCUGUAAAUUUGCCGUUUUAACUCUUGUCGUUUUUCUCAUCAUAAAGUUUUUGUUUUUGAAACGCCUCUGUGUGAAAGUCUUCCUCUCUCUGUGGUUUUUUAUUUUCCUGGAGGUUUUAGCUCGUAUGUUUUUGUCAUAUUUAUGAUUCAGAAAUAAAAUUCAUAACAAACUAAACUUCUUUUUCUUCCUCUGACAUUUCUUUGAAAUCAUCAGCAGCUGAAACUUCAACCUUUUGAAUGAAUCCUCAGCAUCCUGACUCCCUGGUUUGAGGUUGUGUUAUGGUUGUUUGUCCCGCCCCCUGCUGGUCAGCUGUGCGUCCUGCAGCUGUCUCCGUUAUUGAUCAGUGAUUGGUUGAACUCCUCCUAACCGCAGACGUUCCUGGAGCCGCGGGUUGUUGACUAACAGCCGAUCGAUGUCUCAAAGGUUGCUGUGAUGUUGUUUCAGUGCUCUGCAGGACACUGACCUGAGUGCAGCUCGCUCUGAGGAUCGGACCGUCUGAAUCUGCUCGACUUCACCUGCUCAGGUAAGAAUUCCCUCCUGAUUCAGGAUGAGUCUGUCUGACUUCUCUCUUAUAUUUAUUUUGAACCUGUGAUUCAUUCUCUCUGCUCGUCUGUGUCAGUUUUAGUUUUUUUCCACUCAUCUGUUUUGUGGUUUUAGAUCUUUAAAAAAACAGAAUAAAUUUCAGUAUCGGCUUGAAAAGGAACUCAAAACCUGUUCAAAAACUUUGACGUUUUAAUGAGUCGAUUUUUAUAUUUUCAUUUGCUAAAAGUCAUUUAUUCAUGUCAGCAGUUUUGUGAGUUUUAACGACAGUGAGGUGAAAUCGUGAGACUCGGGUGAAGACUAAAGUUCGAAACGUUUGAAAUCUUUCUCUAAACUCUGACUUAAAGGUUUUCUGGAUGAACUUUGGUGUGGGGACAAAAUUCAAGUUUGGAGAAAGUUUCCCUCAGAGGGUCAAAGUGAGGGCUGUGUAGGUGUUUGUGUGGGUGAGUCAAAGGUUCGAGUCCACUCCGUGUAAAGAGACAAACUCAACAUUUCUGAGUAGACUUACAAAACGACAAGAUUAGAUUUUAAUCUUGAGGAUUUUAAGUUUAACUCACAGAUCUGUUUUAGGACCCUGAAUAUCCCGGCAUGUGUCUGCUGUCGUCUCAGUCUGUGUCGAUAAAAAAGUGUUUAUCCGGGUAUUAAAGUCAGAACGCAGAAAUUUUCACGAUCUGAUCUCAAAACUUUGCUGCAGAAAAUUAAGAGAAAAAUAAACGAUGACUCGUUUUGUUUCUGUGGGUUUGUUAAAGCGAUGGGGAAUAAAACACCCGUGUGUUCAUGCUCGUUCAUUACAAUCUGUGAGUUUAAGUUUUUCAAACGUGAUGCCAAAAAUGAGAUUUUGUCAGAUUAUUAGUUUCCAUGGUAACAAAAAACUCACGUAUCUUGAUUGGUUUACGCUGCGUUUAAGCGACUUCGAAAUGACGUCACACCCGAGUUCCCAGCGUUUCAGUUACCGAGUUGGAAAAAAAGCAAAAUCGGAGGCGGAAAUAAGGUAGCGACAUCUACGAAAGUUAUUUUAGCGCUAGCCUUGUCUGAAUAUAAGGCAAACGCUAAAAUAACUUUCCGCCUCCGAUUUCGCUUUUUUUCCCGACAUGGUAACUGAAAUGCUGGGAACUCGGGUGUGACGUCAUUUUCAGCUCCGACUUCUGACUUCCGAAGUUAGAGUUACUGAUCUACACUCACCGGCCACUUUAUUAGGUACACCAUGCUAGUAACGGGUUGGACCCCCUUUUGCCUUCAGAACUGCCUCAAUUCUUCGUGGCAUAGAUUCAACAAGGUGCUGGAAGCAUUCCUCAGAGAGCUUGGUCCAUAUUGACAUGAUGGCAUCACACAGUUGCCGCAGAUUUGUCGGCUGCACAUCCAUGAUGCGAAUCUCCCGUUCCACCACAUCCCAAAGAUGCUCUAUUGGAUUGAGAUCUGGUGACUGUGGAGGCCGUUUGAGUACAGUGAACUCAUUGUCAUGUUCAAGAAACCAGUCUGAGAUGAUUCCAGCUUUAUGACAUGGCGCAUUAUCCUGCUGAAAGUAGCCAUCAGAAGUUGGGUACAUUGUGGUCAUAAAGGGAUGGACAUGGUCAGCAACAAUACUCAGGUAGGCUGUGGCGUUGCAACGAUGCCCCAUUGGUACCAAGGGGCCCAAAGAGUGCCAAGAAAAUAUUCCCCACACCAUGACACCACCACCACCAGCCUGAACCGUUGAUACAAGGCAGGAUGGAUCCAUGCUUUCAUGUUGUUGACGCCAAAUUCUGACCCUACCAUCCGAAUGUCGCAGCAGAAAUCGAGACUCAUCAGACCAGGCAACGUUUUUCCAAUCUUCUAUUGUCCAAUUUCGAUGAGCUUGUGCAAAUUGUAGCCUCAGUUUCCUGUUCUUAGCUGAAAGGAGUGGCACCCGGCGUGGUCUUCUGCUGCUGUAGCCCAUCUGCCUCAAAGUUCGACGUACUGUGCGUUCAGAGAUGCUCUUCUGCCUACCUUGGUUGUAACGGGUGGUUAUUUGAGUCACUGUUGCCUUUCUAUCAGCUCGAACCAGUCUGGCCAUUCUCCUCUGACCUCUGGCAUCAACAAGGCAUUUCCGCCCACAGAACUGCCGCUCACUGGAUAUUUUUUCUUUUUCGGACCAUUCUCUGUAAACCCUAGAGAUGGUUGUGCGUGAAAAUCCCAGUAGAUCAGCAGUUUCUGAAAUACUCAGACCAGCCCUUCUGGCACCAACAACCAUGCCACGUUCAAAGUCACUCAAAUCACCUUUCUUCCCCAUACUGAUGCUCGGUUUGAACUGCAGGAGAUUGUCUUGACCAUGUCUACAUGCCUAAAUGCACUAAGUUGCCGCCAUGUGAUUGGCUGAUUAGAAAUUAAGUGUUAACGAGCAGUUGGACAGGUGUAUGUAAUAAAGUGGCCGGUGAGUGUAUGUUGAUAAUAUCUGUGGGUUUGAAGGUCGAUCUCUCUCCGUUAUUAAACUCUGGUGCUCUCGUUUAGAUCCAGUAAACUUUAAUUUCUUUAAAACUGAGCUGUACUCGAGGGUCUGAAGCUACGACAUAUUAUCCUUUCACUUCUAAAUUCCCUGAAAGUAUGAAAAGGUAAACAUAUAUGUAUGACCACAGAGAACUUUCACUGUUCACCAAUUUUAAUAAAAAAAAAACAUACAUAUAAAUCUUCCUGUUUCCCCUGAAACCCCCCCAACAACACUAAAUCAUCAGUUUGACCCCUAAAGUCGUCAAAAACUAAAGAAUGAGUCCCAACUUCAACAGUCCCUCCCCCCGUUCAGUGUCCGAUUUCCCUUUGGAGAAGAAGAAAGCAAAAAUUCUGAAGGUAUGGUUCUGAUCCAGUCACCCUAGACCAACAAAAACUUGUCCUCCACAGUCCCAAAAACAGAAUCAUCCAUUAAAAAUGGAAAUGUCAGCGAUGCACUGGGAAAAUAAAGGAUCCAAAAGUGGGAGACUCACCAG